CACGAGCAGCCGCGGCGCCCCAACCCCCUCACUCCCCUUCUCUCCCCCCCCCCCCCCCCCCCGCGGCGGCGGCGGCGGCGACGACUGCGACAGCGGUAUGGCGGCUUCAACGGCGAGGACGGUGAAGGACGUGAACCCGCACGAGUUCGUCAAGGCGUACUCCGCCCACCUCAAGCGCUCCGGCAAGAUGGAGCUGCCUGAGUGGGUUGACAUUGUGAAGACUGCGAGGUUCAAGGAGCUCCCUCCUUCUGACCCUGAUUGGUACUACAUCAGGGCUGCCUCAAUUGCAAGGAAGAUCUACCUUAGGCAAGGCAUUGGUGUGGGUGGCUUCCAGAAGAUCUACGGUGGCCGCCAGAGGAACGGCUCACGCCCACCGCACUUCUGCAAGAGUAGUGGUGCCAUAUCACGCAACAUCCUGCAGCAGUUGCAGAAGAUGGGCAUCGUUGAUGUUGAUCCCAAGGGUGGAAGGCUCAUCACCUCCCAGGGAAGGCGUGAUCUGGACCAAGUGGCUGGAAGGGUUGCUGUUGAAGCUUGAGCAGGUUCAUCUUCGAAUUCAGUGAUGUCAAGUUUGAUGGUUGAGAUGGCUACAUUUUAUUUGCAGUUUUGGAUUAGGACUUGCCUACCUUUGUGGGUUCAGAGAAUUUAAGUUGAGUGCAUCUAGUUAUGGCGCUGCACUAUAUUUUCCCAAAUGCCUAAUGCAAUAUCAGAACUCAUUCUAGAACCAAAGAAAGGGAUUCUGUUUUUGAACUGCCUGUGGUAAUGUCCAUGAUGUGUUUCCAGGGUUUCUGAAUUCUUUUGUAGUUAAUGGUUAAAAUUUGCUUGUUGGGAUUGAGAUUUUGUAUGGGAAUGUUGACAGUUUCCAGGGUUUCA